AUGUCAAUAAAUGGAGUUAAACAACCAACUAAUAAGUCUUUGAUAUCUUCUUCAUCUACUGUACAAAUAACAAAAGAUGUAUUAACUACUUGUCAUCCGACUAAAACUUUCAAUUAUCAUCAAGGUACUUCAAUUACAUCAUUAAAUUUUGAUGAUUCAGGUCAAUAUUUAAUUUCUUCAGGGAUUGAUAAAUCUAUACAAUUAUAUGAUUGUCAUAAGGGAAUACAUUACAAAGAUAUUCAAUCUCAAAAAUAUGGAGCACAUUCAGCUCGUUUUACUCAUGAAGGUUUAAAUUGUUUAUAUGCAUCAACUUUAGAUCCAACAGUAAAUGAAGGAAAUGAAGAUACCAUAAGAUAUUUAUCAUUAUCGAAUAAUCAAUAUAUACGGUAUUUCAAAGGUCACAAAGCUCAAGUAACAAGUAUUGAGGUUAAUCCAGUACAUAAUACUUUUGGUAGUUCAAGUUACGAUGGAACAGUAAAAUUUUGGGAUUUAAAGUCUUCUUCAGCCAUUGGGAAUAUUUCAGUUGGACAAAAUUCAGUAAUUGCAUUUGAUCCUCAGGGGAUAGUAGUAGCAAUAGGAAAGUACCCAAUUGGUAAUCUGCAAACUGGUAAAAUAAGAUUAUAUGAUUUAAAAUCUUUUGAUAAAGGACCAUUUGUCGAAGUUGAGAUACCGUGUUUACAGAAUCAAAUAUGGAAUAAAUUAGAAUUUUCAAAUAACGGUAAACUUUUAUUAAUUUCAACAGAUUCAAGAGAACAUUAUAUUUUAGAUGCUUUCCUGUGUAAAUUAUUAGCAAUUGCAAAAUUAUCAUUCAGAAAAGAUUUAACCUGGAUGUCCACUAAAUAUCCUUAUAGUGGAUGUUGUGCUUUCACACCAUGUGGUAAAUUUUUACUUAUUGGAAGUCCAAAGGCAUUAAUUCAUAUAUUUGAUUUGUCAGAUUUAAAAUCUGAUCAAGAAAAACCAAUUAUAUUAACUAGAUCUAAUGAUAUUGUAAAAUCAAACGUCGGUAUACCUAAAAUUGUACUAUUUAAUCCAAAAUUAUUUACCUUUGCAACUGCUGAUACUACAGUUAAUUUAUGGCAACCUAAGAAUGAAUGA